AUGGACACAAUAGUUCCUAACUCAGGACAACAGUGGGGAAGACAUGGCAACAGUGGCGCACGCUCUCCUUAUCUGUAUUCCAGAGCCUCUAGUCACGUUGUCCACCGGAAUUUCAACAGAUCAUGGUCGAGCAGAUCCGACACAGAUCCGAACGACGAAGAUGUUGAUCUCCAUCGACGAGCUGCAAUCGAUUCCACGGUGCCGGAGUCACAGUCUAUGCUUGUUCGCCAGCAAGAAGAGCCGACUUACAAGUUCCAGCGUCACAUCAGGAGGUCAUUGUUGAACACGCUAGGGCCGGUGGCGGUAACUGGAUUCUACCUAUUCAUCGCUCUCGAGUAUCUGAGGCGGCCUAGUGUUAACAAUAUCAGUCCGUCGCGUGUUGUGAGUGGUAAGGGAGUCUUCUAUGCCUUCUUCGUCCUCAGCGUCUUCGCGUUGGAGUGCGCCAAAUCUGGACUCGCAGGUUUCGAGGCUUGGGCGCUGAUGCAGCCCAGGCUGGCGCCGGCCAACGCCAACCAGCUCAUGUGGCACACCGACCGAUUAUGGGGAUCGGUGUCAGGAUGGUGGAAGGCUCUGCUCGUCACUAAAGACUUCUGGCGCCACAGAAGACGGAAGGGAGAAAAGUGGCAAGGACCCUCUGGGCUUUGGUUCUACCUAGCCUCCUGUAGCUUGAUCUUUUUCGUGACGGUCCCGUUGGCAGGACUCUCGAUGGAGCCUGUGCUUUCAGCCAGAUUAAGCGACAGGCAGAUUGGCAUCAUUGGUCCGAAUCAAUCGACCUUUGACACUCAGCAGUCCGUCAGUGUUGCUCAAAUGGCAGACGGCCGCUGGCGACAGGGAACAGCUACAACGCCGCAAGGCGAGACAAUUCUUUACGCCCCAGAAGGCACCCGAAACGCGAGCAGUGCUUUUCUUGAGGACGAGGCUCGUAGUAUCUACGACUUGCAUCAUCAAGACAACAGUCAACCAAGACCCAACAUCACUUUUUUCUCCGGCCCUGCAGUCGGUGAGAGAGUCCAUGGUGAAGCUUGGGGUUUGCUCGUAAAUGUCUCUUGUGUGCCGGUCAACCCCUACACUGGACUUCAGCUUCUCAAUAUCACCUCGGUCAAUAACUGGACGGCAGUCACGAAUAGUGGAAGCUCGAAUGAAGGAAUCAUUACCAAUGCUUCUGACUGGGAGAUGUAUCAGCAAGGUUCAAUCGGAAGUUCUUACACCCUUUACACUGAUAGCAGCUCGUGGCACACAACUCCAGGCUUCGGCGUCAACUAUAGCUAUGUCAUGACCAGCGACCGGGACAUAACGAACGCCCUUUCCGAUUACUCGAACCAGUCUACAGACAGCCGGGUCCCACGACCAGAAAUUCCAAUCCAGGGCUCGGUCGAGAUGGUCCUCUGGCAGUCUAUCAACACAGCCCAGGGAUUCUCCGCCGACCAGGACCAGGAGUGGCUCAAGAUGAAGGACAACGCCGCGGUAGUCGCCUCUGGGGACUACCUGGGCUACGGUCUGCAAUGCUCCGUGUACUCGACCGUUGGGACGGCCUCUCUCUCCGCCAUCACCAACACCUUUUCCGACUUUCGUCCGCAGCAAGCCGCGUACGGCAACACAUUCCUCACGUGGGAUUCCCGCGAAAACCUCGGCAUCUACGCCAUCCAGACGCUGGUCUACGCCGCCUUCACCAGCGCGGGUAUCAAUUGGCAAGGCCGCGACCGGCCCUCGCACCUGUGCACGACUCACACCAUCUUCUCAACGUGUAACGGCUGGUUCGGUGCCAACGUUGCCACCAAGGGUCGGCCCAUACACGUUCCGAGGAGCGGAUACAGGGGCACGCAGAACAACACCGAGUCGAGCGGCUUCAUCAUCCAGUACCCGGCCAUCUCGCCCGAGCGGAUGGCCCUGGCCAUGCACAAGCUCUUUGGUGAGGUGGCCAUUGCACUCAUGGCCGGGGGGCCGGGCAACUGGACCGAUCCGGCGCUGAAGGGGCUCGACCCCAUAACCGACAUCGUCCCCGGCGUGCUGCCGUACCAACUAGUCAUAAUACUGCUAGCCCUAUGGACGCUGCUGACGGUCCUGCCUCAGUUUCUGGCCCCAAGCUCCUUCUUCGGCCGCCGCUGGGCGUCCGUCCUCGACGGGUUCGCCAUGUUCCGCUUCGGUGCGGAGUGGAGGGGUGCGGUUCACGAGCUGCGUGGCGGGGAUCUGGCCUCGCAGGACACGACCUCCUUGUGUCAUGUUCCAGGCAUGGUCGGAGAUCUGGAGCCACGGCGUGCGCGGGAGGCUGGCCGAGCUUCCAGGGCUCCCGGAUUCGUUGGUCUGAGUCGAAAUAGGGCAGAUAUGAGCCCAAACAGACUUUACACCUACCAUAAAGCGAUAUAA